AUGGUACGUACAGAGUUGCCUUCUGCACCAUGGCAACAUCUAGCGGCUGACUUAUUGGGUCCACUGCCUUCCGGUGAUCAUGUCUUUGUCGUGGUGGGCUAUUACAGUCGAUUCUUUGAAAUGGAAUAUGCCAAAUCUACUACAUCUGAGAAGAUUGUAUCAAUGCUGUUCAAGAUUUUCGUCACUCAUGGCCUUCCUUUGUCCCUCAGGAUGGAAAAUGGGUCGCAGUUUGUCAGUGACUAUUUCAAGAAGUACUUAGAAGAGAAUGGAAUUGAGCACCGGCGAACCACGCUCUUGUGGCCACAGGCAAAUGGUGAGAUUGAAAGACAAAACCGCAGUAUCCUGAAAUGCCUGCGUAUUGCCCAAGCAGAAGGUCGUAACUGGAGAUCAGAGAUGGACCACUUCUUAAUGAUGUACCGUAGUACACCUCAUUCUACAACUGGGGUUAGCCCAGCAGAAUUGUUGUUUGGAAGACGCAUCAGGACCAAACUACCCCACCUGCAAGGGUUCACUGUUGAAGAUGAAGUCAGAGACCGCGACAGUGAAAGGAAAGAGAAAGGGAAGGUCGAUAGUGUACAGUACCGUCGAAAUGUGACCCAUGUGAAAAAGUAUCUCGAGCGAGAUAAUGUACCACAAGCCACCAGUAAAUCAUCAGAUACCACAGAGGCUCAAGGAGUGACACCAGUUUCACCAAACCAAGAGUUCAGAGAAUCUGUAAAAGUUCCUCCUGGAAUGAGAAGUGGAGAAAACCUACUGGGGUGCAAACCAUCAGAUGAUGCUACUACAUGGCAAAGUGAUUCUACGUCCACCUUACGUCCAUCAAGAGUCAAACGACUACCGUCUAGAUUUCAGGACUAUGUUAUAGGCUCUGUUCAGCUGGCCCCGGAGCAGAACUCUUACACCCAGAUGUGA